GUCCCACCAUCUCUCAGGGUAAGAAGGAGCUACACAUCAACACUCCUCUCUGUUUCUGCCACCGAGGUGGUGGAAUAAACUUUCUCUAGAUGUCUGAACGACUGAAUCACUGACUGUCUUCAAACAACCAGUGAAGACCUACAGCUUCCUGAAACACUUACACUAGCUCUGAUUUUAAAAAAACGUAUAUCAUAAAGAAUCGUGUGCUUGUGAUUUCACCUGUUCAUAUAGUUUACUGCAAAAAAAAAGAACAAAAUCUCAUAUUUAAGAAAAGUAAAACCUUUUUAUUGCCGAAUUGACAAAAAAACUUAUAUGUUGAUCACCAAAGCUCGUUCCUGACGAGGCUCAUUUGCAUAUUGCGAAGCCAGAAAACACCAUAAAAGGAAGUGAAAGCUUGUUCCGGAUGAAGGUCAUUUGCAUAUUGCGAAGCCAGAAAACACCAUAAAAGGAAGUGAAAGCUUGUUCCGGAUGAAGCUCAUUUGCAUAUUGCGAAGCCAGAAAACACCAUAAAAGGUGCGAGGACACGUUUCAUCAUCUCUCUCGUCUCGCCGUCGCCGUUCUCCUGAGAGGAUGGUGUAAAACUUGCGAAAGGUUUCAUCAGAUACGAUUCUAAAUACAGGGAUAACAGGUGUCCGAGUCCCUCAGACUCAAGUGCUGAAAGAUGCUCAAAUCUCUGCGUUACCAGUUGAAGAUGAGUCGUCUCAGUAAGCGUCACUUGUCCUCCACCUGGUUUGAAGGAAGCGUUGAAGAUGAGGAGGAUGAUGAUGAUGAAGAUUUCCAUAUGGUGGAGGCACAGGACGGACAGAUGCCGGAAGACAAGUGCGCCGCCUGGGACGUCCCCUGUCUGUUCGGACUCGAUGGAAUCAACUCAAACAUCAUGUCUGAGGAGAGCAAAGUGCUGAGUGUCACACAGAUACAGCAGUUGUCCUGCUCAUUCCCCGCUAGAUUAAGGUUGUGUGAGUGGAUGUUAGCGUAUCGUACUCAGAGCCACGGCAGCAGUUUGAGGACAUUGUACAGAACCACUGACAAGCUGGACACCUGCAUGAUCGUCCUCGUUAAAGACACCUACGGACAGGUAUUUGGUGCUGUUUGCUCCGCCCCUCUCAGAGUUAGCUCCACCUACUAUGGCACAGGACAAACCUUUCUGUUCUCCUUCUCUCCACAUCUACAGGUGUACACAUGGACAGGCCUUAACUCCUACUUCAUUAAAGGAAGCGUGGACUCUCUGCUGUUCGGAGGAGGACUAGGCCAAUUCGGUCUGUGGCUGCACAGUGACCUGGUCCGAGGACGCAGCCAGCGAUGUGAGACCUUCAAUAACGACGUGUUGUCUUCAGAGGAAGAUUUUAUAAUCAGUGAGCUCGAGGUUUGGGCUCUAGUUUGACUCUACACUUCAUUUUGCAAAGUUCUAACCUGAAAUAAGAAUCAAGAAUCAAGCCCACCUCAGUGUCGGCUUGGGCAUCAGCAUCGGCAUGGGCAUCAGCAUGUGCAUCAGCCUCGCCUCGAGGCACAGGAGAAGCUUUUACACUGAUGGAAUUGUCGAUGAUGAGCUUUCACAUCACCACGUGGUCGAGAUCUUAAAUCACAUUUGAGAAAUUGAAUGCGUUUUGAAUUCUGAUCUCUGCGGAUCAGCGUGAUUCGCCACUAGAGGGCGCUACAGCCUUAAAGAGAUGAUGAGAGGAGACAUUAUGAACACUGAGUGUCUCUCUUAACUCAUGUUAAAUCCAAGUCAUAGAGGAAGCAGUAAGAAUCGGUAUCUUAAACACUCACAACAGAAAUUCAAGCUGUAUAUGAUUAACAGAUUAAUAAUCCGAUGACGUCACAAAUUCAAGAUCACGUGACACCCAGUGGUUUAUUAAAGCCUAUAUAAUAGAUAUCCGUGAAGUUCUCGUUAGUGUUAGUUAUUACUUUUAUUCUGUAAUUGUUCUAAAAUUAAAAAAAAAUACAAAUUCUGUUAAAAAAAAUUUUUUUUGAUUAAGAUUUCUUUUUUUUUUUUAAAUAAUGAAUUUAUUAAUUAAAGGCAAUGUGCCUUGACUGUUGAGUGCCAAAAUUUAUACCCACAUGCUCUCAGAAUUUAAAUUUAUUUGGUUCUCUGUUAUAACUUGGAUUCUCGUCUCUCAUUAUUAAAUAUUCUAACGUACCAUAAACUAUUCUUGCGUUUAUAUGUAAUGCAAAGAAAGAUUUAAUAAAUAUAUGU